AUGUUCGGCCGCAUGUUUUCGACGUUUGUAUCUGAACAUGCCAGGAGCGUAAUGCGGAAAGGGCUUCCGAAGAAGCUACCAAUUGCGGGAGUAGACAGCAUAGUUCUGGUUACGUCUGCAAAGGGAGGAGUGGGAAAAUCAACUAUUGCUGUCAACUUGGCCGUUGCGCUAAGUAGGCUGCAGGCUUCAAAUCAGGUUGGCAUUUUGGACUCUGAUGUUUUUGGUCCUUCUGUACCAGAAUUGAUGGGAGUAAAUGGCAUUCAACCUGAUACGAAUGAACAAAAACAGAUUGUUCCCCUUCAAAAUUACGGAGUCAAAUGUAUGUCAAUCGGAUCUCUUGUUGAAAAAGAGUCUGCUGCCAUUUGGCGAGGCUUAAUGGUUAUGAAGGCGGUGCAAACCUUACUUCGCCAAGUUGCAUGGGGUCCCUUAAACACACUUGUGGUCGAUACUCCACCAGGCACCGGAGACGUUCACCUCUCUCUCGUUCAGAAUGUGCCCAUCAAGGGUUCUGUCGUUGUUACUACUUCUCAUCCAUUGUCGUUAUCCAGUACCCAGCGUGGCAUUGAAAUGCUACUAAAACUUAAUGUUCCUAUCAUUGGUAUGGUCGAAAAUAUGGCUAGUUUUAUGUGUCCGAAUUGCAAGAUUGCCACUCCUAUUUGGUGUGCUGCAGACUCAACCGAGGAAGUUGGUGCAGCCAAGUUGGCUGACCAAUAUGGGAUACCGCUACUUUGUCGAAUUCCCUUUGACCUGGAUUUCGCAAACAAGAAAGGAAAUAGCUUGCCAGUCGUCAUUUCUCACCCCAACUCAUUAACGGCUACCGCUUUCGUGGAACUUGCUAACCAAAUUCACAGUUUUCUUUAG